AUGCAUCAACUAGAUGUAUCUAAUGCAUUUUUACAUGGAGAGCUAAAUGAAGUUGUUUAUAUGCGGCAACCCAGAGGUUUUGAACAUCCUGAUUAUCCACAACAUGUGUGUAAGCUAAGUCGCGCCAUUUAUGGAUUGAAACAAUCUCCUAGGGUGUGGUUUACUCGACUUGCGACUUAUCUUUUGGACCUUGGUUUUAAGCAAUCUACCUCAGAUCACAGUAUGUUUAUUUUUCGCCAAGACGGGGCUAUUUUUAUCCUUCUUAUUUAUGUUGACGACAUUGUUAUUUUUGGAUCCUCAAAGAUGCUUGUUUCAGAGUUUAUAGCAUCCAUGAAGUCUGAAUUUGCAAUGAAAGAUCUUGGUUCCCUUCAUUAUUUUUUAGGCGUGGAGAUAGUUCACAACACUGAUGGGGUUCUUCUGUUGCAGCGACAAUAUAUAUCAAACCUUUUGCAUCAUUUUGAUUUAGCCGAAGUUAAGCCUGUCCAACCCCCUCUUUACAGUAAGCUUGAUUGGCAUUCUGUAGCUACACCACUCCUUGAUGAUUCUUCUAUGUAUCGCCAAAUGGUUAGAAGUCUUCAAUAUUUAUCCUUUACACGAACGGAUAUACAAUAUGCUGUGAAUAUGGCUUCACAAUUUCUGCACCAACCUCGACUUAUUCAUAUUCAAGCUGUUAAGCGAAUCUUCCGCUAUCUUAAAGGAACUCCUGCUCAUGGAUUGCAGCUCUACAGAAAUUCCUCCAUCUCGUUAACAAUAUUCUCAGACUCGGACUGGGCGGGCUGCACAGCAACUCAUCGUUCUACCUCUGGAUUUUGCACUUUACUUGGAAAUAAUUUGAUAUCUUGGUCUACAAUGAAACAACCAACUGUUUCGCGCUCAAGCACAGAGGCUAAAUAUCGUGCUCUCACUGUAGCAACUGCUGAUGCUACAUGGCUACAAUUUCUCCUAUGA